GUUGCGUUGAGCAGCAGUAAUUUGCAGUGACAGGGAGGGCGUGAUAUCAACUAACAUCAACUACGUACAUCAACUAACGGGACAACUACCUUUACGACACAAUUUCGCGAAGGGCAGGAUAUUUCAAUAAAUCUGCAGUGAACUGAAAGAAUCCUGUGACCAUGGUUCAGAAACUGAAUCUUGAAGAAUUAAUGGACACGAGAGACAUAGUCAUUUCAGGGAUAUCUGGUCAAUUUCCCAAUUGUGAUGACUUUCAAGAGCUUCAGGAUAGGCUUUUUAACAAAGAAGAUCUGAAGAUAUGGUCUAAGAAAUACUGGAAUACAGAUAAUCCUGACAUGCCUCACCGUAUGGGUAAAGUGAAGACUUGGAGCAAGUUUGAUGCGGAAUUUUUCAAUUUCAAGGAAGAAGAUGCAAAUAUGUUAGAACCUUCCAUUAGGCGGCUUUUAGAACAUGUAUAUUCUGCUAUUGCUGAUGCUGGCGUUAAUCCUCAUUCCCUGUAUGAUGGAAAAACAGCUGUUGUUGGUGCCGAAUCUGUCGACGAUGAUGGCGUGUGUGAUUGCUACGAACAUAAGGAAUCAGUACUUUCUAACGACAUGGUACCUCACCACUGCAACAAAGCAUCACAUGUAAACUGGAUUUCUUCAUGGUUUAAUUUUCAUGGACCCAGUUUUACAGUCGACACUAUGUGCUCCAGCACUCUAUUUGCGAUGAGAAAAGCUUGCGAUUUGAUAAAAAUGGCCGACGGGUUCACGCGCGCCGAGUCGGUGGGCGUAAUGUUCCUGCAGAAAGCGAGCGACGCGCGGCGGGCCUACGCCUCCGUGGAGUAUCUCAACGUGAACGCCGACGGCUACAAGAACCAAGGCAUCACCUUCCCUUCGGCGCACGCCCAGGCGGCCCUGCUGCGAUCGACGUACUCUUCGGGCAGAGUGUCGGCGGCGGACGUUGGCUUCCUGGAAAUGCACAGCACGGGGACGAAGGUCGUGACGGAGGUGACGCCGUGGGAGCGCGGGCAGCUGCUGGCGCUGAGCAACUCCGGCCUGGGCGGCACCAACGGCCAUCUGGUGCUGCGGCCGCUGCCGGCCAGGCCGCCCCCGCCGCCGCCGCCCGCGGGCGUGCCGCGCCUGGCCCUGGCCGCGGGCCGCAACGCAAACAGCGUGCGCUCGCUGCUGAGCGCUGCGGCAGCCGCCCCCGCGGACCGCGUCGCCGACUACGUGGCCCUGCUGCGCGCCCUCAGCGAAGGCCCGGCGCCCGGCCUGCGCGCCAGGGGCUUCUGCCUGCUGGACGAGCACGAGGCCUCCGCCGUCUUCGUAGAG